AUGGUGAACUUUGUCUUAUGGGACAAUGACUUGUAUAAGAAGGGUUUGGAUGGAAAUUUCCUGCGUUGCAUUGACAAGCAACAACAGUUUGUUGGCAAGCCUAAACUAGUUGCACUUCCUCUUAAGCCAGUGGUAAUUGAAGAGUCAUUUCAACAGUGGGGAUUAGAUUUCAUUGGACCUGUCAAUCCAACAUCUAGUGUGGGCCACAUGCAUAUUCUCAAUGUGACAGAUUACUUCACCAAGUGGGUGGAGGCAAUUUCAACAAAGCAAGCUACUUCAACAAUGAUCAUUGACUUUUGUUUCGAUUAUGGUAUUACUCUUUCACAUUCAUUUGACUAUUAUCCGCAAGGAAAUGGUCAGGUUGAGUCAAGCAAUAAGAAUUUGGUUACAAUUAUCAGGAAGCUUUUUGAUGAGAGACAAUGGACUUGGCAUAAGGCUCUCUAUGAUGUGCUAUGGGCGGAUCGUAUAACUCCUAAGAGAGCAAUUGGCAUGUCACCUUUCCAACUUCUCUAUGGAUUGAAUGUUGAGAUUCCUAUCACUUUGGAACUUCUAGUAUUAAAGCUUUCCAAGGUCGUUGAAGAUGAAACUUACCAAGGUUCACUUGAUAAGUGGAUUAUGUUUCUUUCUCAAUUGGAGGAAACAAGGGCAGAGGUGGUGGAUAGAAUUGUUGCACACCAAAGCCAAGUGAAGGUGUUAUUUGACAAGAAGGCAACUUCUUGUGAGUUCAUAGUUGGUGAUCAAGUCUUGUUAUGGGACAAGUGGAGGGAACCAAAGGAUAUGCAUAGGAAAUUAGAUUCCUUAUGGAGAGGCCCCUUCACUAUUCAUGAAUUAUGUGGCGAGCAUAGAUAUUUUCUUGCAUAUGCUAAUGGUACCACAUUCUCACUACCCCAUAGUGGAGAACAUUUGAAGCUCUUUUCUCAAUAA